AUGCUGGGGAAAGCGUUGCAACUGCACCGUUCUUCUGCUCGUUUGCGACUGCACACGCUGGACUUUACUUUCAUUAACUGGAAACCGUACUACCAGCGAAUACCGGGGACAUGUAGUGCCUUGAGCCCACAGCGUGCUAGCUGUUGGCUGUCGAACUGCGGACUGCAGGUGCACCCGGAGCUGCUGUCGAAGAGCGGCGCCGUUGAACUACACGCAGCGACUUUGGACGGAUUCCAUACACAUGCUCCAGGUCGUCGUCGUCGUCUGGUUUCCAGCCAUUCACAACAGCCGCUGUCGGCGAAUGAGCUUGCCAGUGCUGCACUGCGGAAGGCGGCACUGAUAGCGGCGGAUACUCCGGACUCCUGCGCUACAGACCUGCACCGAGCGCUGCAAGCCAUCCGAGACUCCGACACCAUCCAGAGCCUUCAUGCAGCACUUCGACACAGCCAGGCAGAAAGCGUUCCGUUUGGGGAGAAGAACCGGUCUCCCGACGCGAAUCGACGUGCCCCGCUGAUCGCUGCUGCAGUGCGGACAAAGCUUGCUUCCUGGCCCAGUGUCCCACAUGAUCGCCAGACGGGGGCUCUGCUCUCGGAUAUCGUCGAAUGGUGUACGAGCGCUUUUGGGGACGUGAGCGCAUUACAGCCAACAGACAAGCUCGCGUUUGCGAAAGCGCUUGCCAGCUGGACGCCAUGGAUCCGCUGGCUUCGACCCGAGACCGUUACCCGGCUGUAUCGCACGCUGGAGCAGGUCUACGCAGCAGCUCCCGCACUCUCCCUUGGGGUCUACAGCGCUCUGUGGAAGUGUCGUGUUCAAGCGCUGGGGUAUCUGCGCUGGCCGCAGGACCUGGACGAGUGCUUCGACGUUUGCCGGCGAUAUCAAUGUAGUCCCGAUAUCGUUCUCCUGAAUACGGUGCUCGACGGGCUCUGCAAUGGACCUCGAGGGGGUCCUUUCUAUCCGACGUGGCGGCGUCGGCAGCUUCCGCAUCCGAUCACCGAGGACGAACCGUUAGGCUUCUUGGAACGCUUUCUCGAGCGUAUCCGCCGGGAAUGGCAAAUAGAGCCAGACAGAGGCACAUUGAACAUCAUGCUGGAGUUUCUCGGCACCCGAGGCUGCACUGAGGAAAUGCUUGGGUUUUACGAUCGCUGGGUUCCUAGCCCGUAUGCCUUAGGCAAAGAGACGAGGCAUGACGCAGGGUUCGCAAGGCUCGUACCCGACGCUUUCACGUUUCGGGUUCUUUUUCGUGGACUAGAUCCGCGUUGGAGACCGUCAUCACUUCCUGACGCAUCAAGGCAUUCUUGGAGGGAAUUCUUUAGCCUUGCGGAUCGGUUCUUGCCUCGCAUUCAGUCCAGGUGGAGCGCCCUCCCCGAUUCAGAACGCGGCCCAGCGCCAGCGCGGGAAGCUCUGCCCAUCGCCGAGGUUGAAGCGUUUGCCUACAACGGCAAGGGCGCACAAGUGCUGCAGAUCCUGCGAGGGACCCUACCAGAUGCCCAGCGCCUCGUCGUUCCGGCAAUCCGGGGUCUCGCGUACAACGCUCGUGCGGUGCGUCUUGCGGACUACGCCUUUACCAUCUACGAGACCUAUGUGCGUAGGAACGAGACCAUUCAAGAGAAACUGACACCACAGAUGCUUCGCUCGAUACUAGAUGCGUUGCUCGUUGCUAGUGACCGAACGCACCGUGCUCGUACCGCGCUAGACUUGUUUCAUGUGUUCGCAAACGGCGAAAUUGCAGCUACGACAGUGCUCCCGAGCCACAUUGGCGUUCGUGCCCUGAUUCGUGCCCAUUGCAAGGCUCCUGCUGUUCUAUGGCCGGCCUUGGCCGAGUGCCUCGCCAUUGUGAGCGCCGAAGGUAUCCACCUUGAUCCUGAUGCGAUGCAUCGACUCGAGCGACACUACGCGGAACAGGGAGCUACCGCGAGCACAGCCCGCCAGCAAGUGCAGCGAAUCAUGAGGCUUCUCUUUGAUUUAGAGCGCUAG